CCUGGCCUCUGUCCUGCUGCAGAUUCCCCCGACACGGAGGAGACCUGGGACUCGUCAGCAAAUGAAAGCUCCUCAGGCUUGUGCCCCAAAAGGAGGUCGUCCCCGGGAGCAGCAGGUGCCCAGAUGCCGGAGGUCACCGAGGAGCAGCCGGCCCCCGGCCCGGGGGAGCAUCGUCACUGGUGUGCUGAGUGCAAGAAACCAUUUGCUCACCUGUCCUCCCUGUCCCGGCACCGCCGCCUCCACGCAGGGGAGAAGCCCCAUGGCUGCUUCGAAUGCAAGAAGCGUUUUGUGAGCCGCUCAGACCUGGCCCGGCACCGCCGCGUGCAUACAGGGGAGAAGCCGUACCGCUGCCCCCAGUGCCCCAAGAGCUUUGCCCAGCAUGCCCACCUAGCCCAGCACCGGCGCAUCCACUCCGGGGAGCGCCCGUACGGCUGCCCCGACUGUGGCAGGUGCUUCACGCAGCCCUGCAGCCUGGCCCAGCACCAGUGCAUCCCCUCUGGGGACCCCUUGGCUGCCUAUGGACAGAGCUUUCGGUGCACCUCUGGUCCCAGCCCGCAGCUGCACUCGGGUGAGCCAACUCAUCCCCACACUGAGGGCCUGAAGAGAUUUGCCUUGCCCUUGUCCCUCACAAGGUAGGACGUGACGGGGCCUUGUAUGUGCUGGGGCAAAGAAGAGGAAGGUCCCUGUCAGCAUGUGUCCCAGAUGAGCUAGCUCAGAGCUGCCUCUGGCCUCGUACAGACCUUCAUUUACUCCUGGGAGAGUGUGCUGCUCUCCCAGGGGAAAUUGCGAGUGUGCAGACAUUUGGGCCUUUUCUCCCAGAGUAAAAAUGGCUGCUCCAGGA